UGUGUGUGUGUGUGUGUGUGUGUAAAGUGUGAGUGACCUCAAUUAAGAUGUGGAAUCUGUAUUCAUGUUUUCAUUUACAGAGGAGAAAUGGUCUUUCUUUCUCUGGAAAAACAUCUAUGUUAUUUUGUUUUUCUCUGUUUGUCUGUUGAAACAUCUACUGAAAGUCAUGCUGUACCUCAGAUGAAAAACGUAUCUUUUUGUUUGUUUGUUUUGUCCUGUUCAUUUUUUAAUAACAUUCCACAGAACUGGAUAAUUAUUAUGAUUUAUGUGUUUAAUUUGUGUCUCUUAGUUUGAUUUUGUUGUCCUGUUUUUGUUUGUCUGAACCUAUUAACCGGUCCCCAGUCACUUAAAAAAAAUUGUUGAAGGGUUGUCAUAAUGUUCUGAUGAAUGAAGGUCUAUAGUAUAGAGAUAAAAUUAUAUUUGAGAUGUAUCAAGACUGAUAUUUCAAUGAAGAACAUCGGUACUUUGCAAUGUCCUUGCUGUUUGGUUUGUACAGCAGUCAUUCCCCUUGACCUUUGACCUUUGAUAUGAAUCAUGUUUUUCUAACCCGUCUCCCCCUUACUAGCGAAUGCCCAAAUGUAUGGGACUGCAACCACUGCACUCGCCCAUAUUACUGGAUGAGAUGCAUUCAUAUUUAUCUAUAGCAGGUUGACCAGCACCUUUUUGUUAGUUUUGUUUGUCAUCGGUAAUAUUUAAACAUCUGAAAAAAAACCUGCGUUGAUACGCUGUUUAUUAAUUACCUUUUAAUACUGUAAAGGGAAUGUUAAUUUUUCCAGACCUGACCAUGUAUAUUACAAUACUAUGCAUAAAGUUUAUGUCAAAAAAUUCCAUGGUUGAAUCCUUUUCUUUUUUUCAUAAGAUGCAUUAGUAACUAUAAAGGUAAAAACUAUUGAAGCAGACCAAAUAAGACCGCGACAACGAAACCGCUACAUAAUAUAUUUGGCAUAGAAUGGUUAUGUGUUUGUCCAAUGUGUGAUGUUUUUGAAAACAUUAACAAAACGUAUGUAUAUUAUAUUAGUUCUCAUUUAUUUUAGUAGUGAUCACGUUUUUGUUUUUAAGUUUUAACUUUAUUCUGGCUAUUAGUCCCUUAUAAUUUGUCUGGAAAGAGCUCGCCUGUCAUUUUAAUGCAAACCAACGUCAUCGACAAGAGGGCUGAGUAUGCCGGAAAUGACGCAGGAUGUCCAAAAUGUCUGCGCCCUUGUGAGUAGUGUCUUAAUGACGACAGUGAGCUGAGGACUGGAUUUUUGUAGAUUGUUCGGCGAAGUGAAGGCAUCAUGCCCGUCGGUGACUACCUUAAAUGGAACAAGCGUGCGUCCCUGAUGUAUGCCAUGGGUGCUUGGACGAUAUGUGGUUCCUUAGCCUACUAUAAAUUCACUCACAAAGAUGAGCCCUUGGUAACAGCACAGCCUAUUGAAGAGGAAGACAAGCCAAACAUCCAGAAAUUCGAAAGCGCACACAGCAGAACCACAGUCGUCUACAGAGAAGAGUUUGUCCCGUAUUCUGAACGGCUUCUCAAUAUCUUCAGAGGCCCCACUGAAAACUCCCCCGCUGUGACAGAGGGUCUGAAGGAUGAAAAAUAAACUGGGACACAGGGGUUUAUCCCAGUUAAUCCACCACCAGUGAAUCAUUCAUCAGAAACACGAACAUUUAAUCAGAGAGAAUCAUUUGGUCUGUACAUAAUUAAUAGAACAUUUACACAGUGUACCAGUGAUUUUAUUUUAUAUAUAUGAAUUAAUUCUCUCUAAAUUGUACUUCAAGACAUUGGAUAUUGUGAUAUGCCUUGCAAUAAUCCUGACAUGACUGGGUUUGAAUUGAAGACACACCUGUCAGAAAGAAACACCUGAUUAAAGCAACCACUACGAUCAGUGUUUUAUUCUAGUUGUUGUCUUCUUUGAUUACAUAUGCUUACUUGGUUUGAUACUGUUGAUGCAUUUUUUAUGCUGAUCUGAUACCGAGUGACUAAUGGGGAGGUUAUAUUCAAAUAUAAUCUACAUUUGUGUGGGUGUUCAGAACAAGCAUUAGUUCAGCUGGGGACAUAUGGCUUAUUCUUAAUAAUAAUGGUUAUAUAAACAUUUUCUAAAUACUGUUAACACUCCUCGUGUUCAAAACGCCUAUUUGAUUAGAUUCAGAGAUCAAAUCAGAUUUGAACGAUAACGAUAAUGUUCUUUACAUGCUACAGUCAUUGGAUUUGAAGUGUCCCAGCAGCGAAGUUGUGGUUGUGUGACUCUAUGCUCACCACAUGGGGGCGACAACUGACUGAUAAUGGUCAUAGACGUAGGCUACCGCCGAACAGUAAAAGUAUCUUCCUCUAAACCGGAAGCUUGAAAUUAUUUCGUGUGUAUGGUAUACAGCCAGCGACAGGCUAACAAUAGAAAACGUCAAAACGAUGAAGGUGGUUAUUCAAAGAGUCACCCAGGCAAGCGUGAGUGUUGGGGAGCAACAGAUAAGUUCGAUAGGCAAAGGACUAUGCGUGCUGCUGGGCAUAUCCACCGAAGACACGCAGAAGGAUGUUGACUACAUGGUGCGUAAGAUCCUGAACCUGCGCGUGUUCGAGGACGAUGGCGGGCGUCCGUGGAGCAAGAGCGUGAUGGAGCGUGAGCUGGAGGUGCUGUGUGUGAGCCAGUUCACUCUGCAGUGCGUGCUCAAGGGGAACAAGCCCGACUUCCACCGCGCCAUGCCCGCCGAGCUGGCACAGCCCUUCUACAGCGCCAUGCUGGAGCGCCUGAGGGAGGCCUACACGCCCGAGCGCAUUAAAGAUGGGCAGUUUGGUGGCUACAUGCAGGUCCACAUCCAGAAUGAUGGCCCAGUCACCAUUCAGCUGGAGUCUCCCUCUUCUCCGUCAGACCCCAAACAGCUCUCCAAGCAAGAGAAACAGCAGCAGCGGAAGGAGAAGACGCGGUCCAAGGGCUCGUCCGAGUCGGGCAGGGAGAAGGCCCCGCGGCCCCGCCAGGCCCCCAGUACCAGCAGCGGCGCCGAGGGAGACGUGUCGUCCGAGAGGGAGCCCUAGAGUCGAGAACUCAACCACACCAUGACCGCCCCAUCCUCCUCCUCUUUUCUCCUCCUCCUCCUCCUCUUUCCCUGCGCCCCACGGAGAAGGACCAGCAGCCCAUGCCACUCACC